AGCCCAAGCAAUUCCUCAUUCUUGGGAUGACUUUUCUCCCGUGCCCCUGCCACACUUGAGGACACAGACCACGGCCGCAGCCCAAGCAAUUCCUCAUUCAUGGGAUGACUUUUCUCCCGUGCCCCUGCCACACUUGAGGACACAGACCACGGCCGCAGCCCAAGCAAUUCCUCAUUCUUGGGAUGACUUUUCUCCCGUGCCUCUGCCACACUUGAGGACACAGACCACGGCCGCACCCCAAGCAAUUCCUCGUACUUGGUUCAACUUUUCUCCCACUGGUCCUGCACUGUCUUACAUGACCCAGCCACAGGCCCAGGCCCAGUUCCAGCCGAUCAUUCUGCAGAACCCAAAACCUUUCGUCCUGCAACCCCCGCCUCCAGGAAGGAAAGCCAGGCUUCUGGGUGCCCCCCUCCAACAAGCCAUGCCCACCGGCCUUCCCGCGGCAGUCCCCCUACAGCCCCUGGCAGGCCCCCAGAGACCUCCCGACGUCAGGCCAAAGGUCCGGAGCCAAGUCGUUAAACGAGACGCCAGCCUCGCAGCGAAGACCAGCACUGAUAUUAAACCAAAAGAGAAGACCAGGCAGGAGCGCAUAGUCGGCGAGAUCGCCUUCCAGCUGGACCGCAGGAUCCUCGCCAACAUUUUCCCCAACCAGACCCGCCUCUACGGCUUCACCGUCAGCAACAUCACAGAAAAAGUUGCCCAGGGCCGGACCGACCCUUUCCUGAGAAUGAGCAGCGACGAAACGGCCGCCGCCAUGAACCGCUACAGAAGCAUCAUGGACCAUCUGAGGCCCCUGGGCUUCGACCCCAACAUGCACCCCAUAAUGAUGGAGCACAUUGUCAACACCUACGGCAUUCUCCGUGAGCGUCCGAACCUCAGCGACCCAGAAGCUGCCAAUCUCAACGACGUCCAGUAUCUGCAGAAUGUCAUCAAGGAGACAGUGUCUCCGGAGAUGCAGGAGACCUGCCAGCUGCUGCUCAAUUGCCUCUACCAGCUCUCCCUGGGUGAUGGGAAGUCCCUCUUCCUCUGGUGAACCAUCGCCUCCUGCCUCCGUCCUUUCUUCCUCCAGCGUGUGCCUUGCUGCCAACUCAAUAAACCAUCUGGCACUGCCUGG